AUGACCAACAAGAAUAGUGCACAAGUUCUGGAGCAUGAGAUCCACGAUCUCGAGUCUCGCUUGCGAGACGCAAAGUCCCGGCUAGCGUUGACCUCUACUACACCCAAAGAUGGCGCCAAACCCAGCCCUAUACCCCACGAUCCCAUUUCCACCCCAUUAGACCCCACCCACGCGCUCCUCCUCCUCUCCGACACCGCCCUCCCCCUAGGCUCCUUCGCCUACUCCAGCGGCCUCGAAUCCUACCUAGCCCACAACAAGCCUCUCCCACCGGGCAUCACCCCCACCACCUCCUUCCACCGCUUCCUAAACCUCUCGAUUGCCUCCAUGGCAAGCACCUCGAUCCCAUACGUCCUAGCCGCGCACCGCGACCCCUCAUCCCUCGAAUCCCUCGACAACGACCUCGACGCAUCAACACCCUGCAUCGUCGCCCAGCGCGCCAGCAUCGCGCAAGGCCGCGCCCUGAUCGGCGUAUGGGAGCGGGCAUUCCGCACUACCUACGCCGCGGACCCGCUCUCGGCCGGCCCGUCAGCCUCAUCCUCGGCCGUCGCGGCGGCCGCCGCCGCAAGCGUCGAGCGGUUCUCGGACGCGCUCAAGUCCGGCUUUGAUCGCGCCGAUCAGUUGGGGCCUAAGGGCCACUUUGCGCCGCUGUGGGGCGUCGUCUGUGUCGCUAUGGGUGUGGAUGUGCGCCAGACGGCGUAUGUGUUUAUGUUGAAUCAUGCCAAGGCGGUGCUGAGUGCUGCUGUGCGCGCGUCUGUCAUGGGGCCCUACCAAGCCCAGCGCGUGCUCGCCAGCAAGGAGUUGCAGGAUAUGAUCGCGGGGCGGAUCGAGCGGGAGUGGGAGACGGCUGUGGAGGAUGCCGGGCAGGUGGUGCCGCCGUUGGAUCUGUGGGUGGGACGGCACGAGCUUUUGUAUAGUAGAAUAUUUAAUUCGUAA